AAACGCUGCAACGCACCUACUGUACGCCCUGAAUAGUACAGCUUUUACUUUGAAGAUGUAAAACGGAUCUUCACCUCUGAACAAGCAAGACUUGGGCGCCAGGGAUAGCAGCAGCUGUAGCUGUGUUGACAGUAAACGUGUGAGCAGAGAUAGUUUUAACUCCAGGAGAUCCGUGUAAUUUCAAGUGAUCAGUGAAGGUCGAGAUGAUGCAGCAGGACACUUUACUACACGUGGCUAAUGUCAGCACACUUUGCCUGUGCAUGGUGCUGAAGUUUCCGCAAAUCUUCGUGAUGAUGCGAGCCAAGUCCUCCAGUGGAGUCAGUCUCAGCAGUCUGCUGCUGGAGUUGAGCGGGUUCAUUGUAUUUCUGACGUACCAGAUGUACUAUGAUUACCCUCCACCCACAUUCCUGGAAUAUCCAAUCCUCAUUGCACAAGAUGUUCUCUUGCUGCUCCUCAUCCUUCACUACAACGGCAGCUUAAAGCAGAGCCUCAUCUACACCCUGCUGUUUGUCGGAGGUUGGCGCCUCCUCACUGUGGAGAAGUGGAUCAUUGACUCGGCCAUGAGCCUGUGCACAUUCAUCAGUGCAGCCAGUAAAUUCACUCAGCUGCGGUGCCUGUGGAGAUCCAAAGAUGCUGGGCAGGUCAGCGCUCUCACCUGGGCGAUGGCUACCUACACAUGUAUCGCUCGUAUCUACACCACCAUCUCCACAACUGGAGACACUCAGGUUCUGGUUCGCUUCAUUACCAUGACCUCAUUGAACCUGUGGGUGUUGCUGACUGUAGUCUACUACCAGAAACACGGCUCCAGGUCCAAGAAGGAAGAGUGAUCAGUUGGUGGACGGACAUCGUUUUUCAGUCUGUUUUUUAGACACUGUACUGUUGGGGAAGAAUACUUAGGUCAAAUGGUUUUUUUAUACAGUAUUUUAAAAACUCUAAAUAAAUCCACACACUUUUGAAACAUUCCUGUGACUCUCAAACAUACUGCGACUGUCAAGAUUAUAGUACUUUUUUUUUAGGGAUGCACCGAUGCCAAUGUUUGUUUUUUCUUUUUAGAAAAUCCUUCUUGAGUGCUGACUCAUCAGUGACAAAUUUCACUUUUUACAUUGACCAACAAAAUUAUUUUCUUCAGUAUUUACAUUGUCCAAAAAAGUGAUAAUUUAGUAAAAUAAAAAUACAUAAAUUGUAAAUGCAGGAAGAAAGAAGAAAAAAACGCAAAAGUACUGUUUUUCCCAGUAUUUUGCCAGUGAAGGUGUUGACAAUAAGCUGCAGAGAAGCCUCUCAAAGUAUGUGUGUGGAGAGAGAGGAGUUUUGACUAUAGCUUAAUAUACAAAUAAUUAAUAUACAGCUGUUUAUCCCCAAAACUAUUUUUAAGGCACACAUCAUUUGGUGAAACCACGGUAUUGCAUUACCAGGUUUUCAUUAACGGAGGAAAUACCGAUAACUUUUCAAUUAUUACAUAAUAUGCUAACAUCAGGCCGAUAACAUCCUUAGUUCAACCUUGAGUCUAAAGCUCUUGACAAUAUCUUCAUUUUAUGUUGAGGGACGCUUUAAUAUUUGUGACUGAUUAGACGCUAGUAUAAUUCACUAUCGGUAAAUUAUCGGUGUCAAUUUCCUGAUAUAAGUUAACAAGGUGAACAUUCACAUCGGUGCAUCCUUAAUUAUUUCAUUUUACAUACUGUUGUUGACAAACUGUUGUAUGAAAGAACAUACUUUAUCUUAGUUUUAAAGUUUUGACUCAGGACAAGUACUGUUUUUUAUACUGUGAAUUUGAUCUUACCAUAAACGAACUAUUUAAAACCCCUUUGCUGUGCUCUUAAUUUUGUCGUGUGACUUAAACCAUACAACUAAAGAGAUGGACAGAAAUAAUUCUGACCCCCAGAGGCACAUCCAUGUCUUUAUUGAUGAAGUGGUUAUUAUUUUUAUUUCUAUUAUAGAGCAGUUUGGUAGAAAACAUGCAAUCUGAACGUAGAGCCCUUAAAUACAACGUGGACUGGACGAGGCUGUAUAAAUAUAAUAAUGUGCACCGUAUGCCAUGUAAAAUAUAUAUACUGUGUAUAUUUAUAGGUAUAAAACAUGCUUCUUGGUUAAAAGAGAGCACUCGAAACACACGUGCGCUCCACAUACACACACUCUUGACUUGCUAUAUAUUCCACAUACGUACAACGUGUCCAAACACCACGUUUGGUUCCUUUUAAUACAAAAAUAUCAAGACAAACACUUAAAACAAAAACCAGUGGAAUAGUGCUGCCCAG